GUAUACCAUCUUAAUUGGCCCGUUUAGCAUUAAUCCUAUCAUCAAGGAAACAUUAGCACAUGCAUGCACUUAUACUAAGGACCCUUUUAUUAUUUUAUGUUUGAAUAAUUUUUGUAAAGUUUAUCCCCAUUUCAUUAAUUAAAAAGUAAUGCAUCAUAAUAAUUAUACUUAUGUCUCAUUAAGUAUUUAUUCAAGACUUCGAUUUCAGGUCACGUUGUUAAUUACUCUUGAUUUAGCUUGGCAUCCAUCAGUUUUUCCGAUUAGUAUCUUUGAGGAUUUAAUGAAUUCAUACUCUAGUUGAGUUCUGAGAUGAGUUAUAAUAUACAAUAGAUCGAGUUGAUUUCUCAUAUUUUUUAAAAGUGUAUCAUGGGGUAAUAUUUAUUUUGAUGAUACAUAUAUACUACACUUUUCUAAAGUAUUCAUUUAUUUAAAUUUGCAGUUUGUAGUGAAAAGUAUUCGUGUAAAUUAUACGGCGGCGAACAAAGAUUCUAACCCGUGUGCUUUGUGACUUGUGUAAUGUUAUAUUAUACGUUUACUAGUUGCUUGCCUCAUCUGCUUUUCCCAAAUUUAUCAUUUGAUUUGUGUUUUGUGAUUUGUGGUGGAGAAAAAAAGAUAAAACUUAGAAAAGAAGGCAAACGACAUUUCAAGUUUGAUUAAACAAGGGAAUUAAAAGAGAGCUUGUAUGGUUGAUUUUCCCUCUAAUAUGGCCCAAUCUAAUUGGUAAGACACGAGAGAAGACAUAAUUAUAGAUAAUCUUGAUAUAUUAGUGUGGCCAAAAGCAAAAUGAUGUUUAACUUUUCUUUUGCUUUGCGACAUUAACACCAUUCCCUUCUCUUUCAAGUUUCAAUUAAGGGUAUAAAACCUCUUUUACUUCAUUUGUCUCCACCUCUAUGCUCCACGUGUCUGUUUCCUAUUGCUUGUUGUAACUCAUUGGUUACCGCAAUUAGUUAGAGCUGUCUUAAUCCACCUUCACUACAAGAUAUCAGUCGAAACUAGUGAAAGUUCAAACUCUUUUUUUUGUACCUCUUUUUGCAAAAGACCACCUUUCUCAGUAUCUAAGUUCCUGUUAGUUAUUAUUGUGUAUAGUUAACAGUAAAAAGCCUCACCACAUUAAACGAUGGCAAGAAUAUUCAUUGAUAAUUUAUCACACUAAGAAGUCUAUUUAGUGAAAAUAUGUUCUUGAGGUGUAAGUAGACUAGAUAAACCGCACUGAACUCAAGAUUACGUCAAGAUUUAAGCAAGAUCAAGACAGGUCAUAGGUGAGAAAGUUGCUUUAUAUUCAUUUUAACAUUAAGCCUAUGCUGGCUGAGUAUUUUUUUGGUGUUUAUUGUAAGUUUUGUUUUCUCUUGUAAAUUAGAAUUAUAAGCCCAAUAUAAACAAUUAUACGGCCCAACAAGUCGAGCCCAUUAUGACGUCCUUAAUAAAUCGAUUAAACCUUUCUUCGUCGUCAAGUCAAGACGCAAGAAACCUUUCUUCUUCGCUGACAGACACUAUGAACCUCCCGUCGUCAACUUCGGAGGCGGCUGAUUCAGCGGCGACUCCGGCCGAGACAUGCGAACAAUGCGGCAGCCAAGAUUCUUGGGUCAUACACUCAGCACGUCACCGCGGCGUCCUCCGCUUCUUCUGCACGCACUGCCUCCUCCGCAACCAUCCGACGUCGUUUUGCCCCACCUGCUUCGCCUUCUACGACUCUUCCCCUCCGCAUCAUUCUUGCCGCGUCUCUUGCUCCAAAUGCGGCUCCCACACUCACCUCCACUGCGCCGGCGGCGACGAGGAAAGCUCCUCUCCUCCUUACCUCUGUCCUCCUUGCCUGAACCCUAGUUCGUUCUCCUUCUUCCGUCCGAUCAUAAACGCCGACGGCGCUCGCUGCAUGGAUAAACCCCUCUCGGAGGCGUUCUUGUGCGCCGCCAAGAUCUCGGCUUUUUCGAUGAGCAGGGCGGUGGUUGUAGCUAAUUCGGAAGCUGAGUGGAAGGGGAGAGAGUGUGCGGUGGCGAAGAAGAGAUUGCGUGAGGCUGUUGAGGAUGUACUCAAGCUCAAUGAGAAGGCAAGGUUGGCUAUUGCGAAGGUUGAAGAAGAGUCCGGUGGUCAAGAUCAGAAACCGAAACAGAGUGUUGCAUCGAAAGUGAUAGAGAGCUCGGGCCAAGUUAUUCAAGAAAAGUGAUAAAGUUGAAGCCUUUUCGUCUAAAGAAGCUUUCAAGCUGACCAGAUUCUGAUUUAGAGUUCAAUGUAGAGUAUUAUGCAAGCGAUCUCCUUUAUUCUUUCUUUUUUGUCAGUUUCUUGUUUGUUCGUUUACUAUGUGUAGGAAUCUUUUGAACUGUCAAGUGUUGAAUACUAACUAAGUUCUUAGUC